AUGGCUGCAGAUACUGAUUGUACGCCUCCUUUUGCUAAUAUAGAAAGUGGUGAUGGUAAGGGUGAUAAUGAAGUUCCUGUUGUGGAAGAUGAGAUUACCGUAAGUUCGGAUGAGCUGAAGCAGACAUUGAACGGUAGACCACCACGGCAUGUCUCGGUCGUAAGGCAUUCUAUCAGCACCACCACUUUGGUGCCGCCCUCUGAUUUGGAUUCUUGCACUGGAGUGACUGCAAUCAAUCUCCCAUCAGAUUUAGUAUCAAACUAUGUACCGGUAUUUCGUUCUGGAAGCUGUGCUGAGAAAGGACCUAAGCAGUACAUGGAGGACGAACAUGUCUGCAUCGAUGAUUUGCCUCUGCAUUUAGGUGAUACUGUGGGUUUCCCUUCACCUGGAGCUUUUUACGGGGUGUUUGAUGGCCAUGGAGGCACAGAUGCAGCGUGUUUCGUGCGAACCAAUAUCCUCAAGUAUAUAGUAGACAACUCCUUCUUCCCAGCAUGCCUGGAGAAAGCAAUCAAAAGUGCCUAUCUCAAAGCUGAUUACACAUUCGCUGACGACAGUUCUGUAGACAUAUCUUCCGGCACCACUGCUUUGACUGCUUUCAUAUCUGGAAGGAAAAUGAUAGUGGCCAACGCGGGUGACUGCCGGGCUGUGCUGGGAAAGCGAGGGAAAGCAAUUGAGAUGUCUCGGGACCACAAGCCCAACUACACGUCCGAACGGCUCCGGAUCGAGAAGCUCGGCGGGGCCAUCUACGACGGGUACCUCAACGGCCAGCUGUCAGUCUCACGGGCCCUGGGGGACUGGCACAUGAAGGGCCCAAAGGGGUCGGCCUGCCCGCUGAGUGCGGAGCCCGAGCUUCAGGAGACCCUCUUGACUGAGGAUGACGAGUUCUUGAUAUUGGGCUGCGACGGGCUGUGGGAUGUGAUGAGCAGCCAGUGCGCGGUCAGCAUGGCUCGCAAGGAGCUGAUGCUCCACAACGACCCUGAAAAAUGCUCGAGGGAGUUGGUUCGAGAGGCCCUCAAGAGGAACACUUGCGACAACCUCACGGUUGUUGUCGUCUGCUUCUCGCGGGACCCGCCGCCGAGGGUGGAGGUAGCACCGGCUCGGGUCAGGAGGAGCAUAUCGGCCGAGGGGCUGAAUCUGCUCAAGGGCGUGCUCGAGGGUAACCUGUGA